UAACCCACUUCGAAGUUAUAAGUUACGCGGUGUACUUGUUAUAUUAUCAAACUUAAACAACUAAAGUCUCGUCAUUUCUUUCUUAAAUUAACGGAAGUUGUGAAACAAAUCGAUGUGGAAAUUUAACAGUAAUAAUUGAAAGAAGCUGACGGCACUUUUUUAAUUUACUUUAUUUUAAUAAACGCCAUGGCACCCCUACAGUUAAAUGAAUCUGAUACAUUACAGUUGAUUAAGAUCUUAAACGAAUACGGAGAAAAGGCACUAUUAAUCACGCAUAUAAGCUACACCUACUACGAAUUCUCUUUGAAAGAAGAAAGUCUUUUAAAAUUAUUACAAACACCUGGAAUUGUUCGAAGUUCUUCAAUUAAAUUUCCUGCCAUUCUCUCUGAAAGAAAAAGUGUUGUAGAAGAAUACAUGAAAUCUAAAGACAAAUGCGUUAAAAAAUGCGACAUGUACAACUUGUAUCAUUUAGACGAAAAUUCCCUUCAAAGCAGUGUAGCACCAACUAAUCUAGACAUAGGAGUCCUUACCACAGAACAUUUGGACGAUAUCGCAGACACCUGGGAACAAUCUUCUACCGACCAAGUGGACAGUACUAAGGAAUAUAUCAAUGUACUUAUAAACACGUUCCCAAAUGUGUGUUUGUGUAAUUCCAUUGAGAAAGUAGUUGCUUAUGGAUUGGGGACCGAUAGUGGAACAAUCGGAUAUCUACAUGUCAAUGCUAAUUAUCGCGGACGAGGCUGCACAAAAGCGGUGAUCUCUAUGUUAUCAGCUAAGUUUAUUGAAGCAGGAAUAACGCCAAGUGUCAAAAUUCAACCAGAAAAUAUUCUUUCUAUUAGUGUCCAUGAACAAAUAGGUUAUCAGUCAUCAGGAAUUGUGGUUUAUGAUAUGGAAUUUUAAUAAUUUUCAGAGUAAUAAAAAUAACAGAAAUUUU